AUGCUCCGACCUAAAAAAGUCGCCAUAAUCGGCGCGGGACCAUCCGGCCUCGUCGCCCUAAAAACCCUCCUUCACAACUAUCCCGAGGGAACAUUCUCCGCGACGAUCUUUGACAAGGCCAGAUCGAUUGGCGGGUUAUGGCCUACCACCACCCCUAGUAGCACCACCAGCACUCAACAAACGAGUCAAGAUGGGGUUCCGUCUGCAUCUGCGACACGUGGUCUUAUUGACCCAAUGAUGCGAACUAAUCUGAGCCGGUUCACGGUGGGAUUCUCGGAUUGGGCGUGGGAGUCUGUUCUUCAUGAGGGGGCGGUUCCGAUGUUUCCGCAGGCGUGGCAGGUCGGGAGGUAUCUGGGGGGUUAUGCGGAGCGGUAUGUUAACGGGAUGAGGGGUGGGGAGGUGAGGUUGGGGUGUAGAGUUGUUAGGACGGUGAGGGAGAUGGAAGGGGAGAGGGCGAGGUGGAUUGUGCAGUGGGUUUGUGAGAGGGAACGCAAGGAGGAAGGGAAAGAGAAGGGUAUCUCGACCGAGGCUGCAGAUCAAGAACUGCAUUCAGAAGAAUUCGACUACCUCCUCGUCGCGUCCGGCUAUUUCUCGAAACCGCAUGUCCCUGAUAUUCCCGGACUCCCCGACUUCUCUGCGCAGACCGUCCACAGCUCAUCUCUGCAUGAUGAAGGCGACAUGCAGCGGCUUCUCGAGCGAGCGGGUUCCCACGGAGGCAAGUUAGUCGUCAUCGGAGGAAGCAUGUCAGGUGUCGAGACGGCCUCUGCACUGGCGACCCACCUGUCAUCGAGGAACUUCACGCCGGGGGUAUCUUCCCAGGCUGGGAAGGCCCAUGAAGUGCAUCAUGUUUGCUCGAGGCCGUUCUGGACAGUGCCAUAUUAUCUCCCGCACGCUACGCCACGGGCUGACAUGCAGGAUGAUAGCCUGCAGUUCCUGCCCCUGGAUCUAGUCUUCUAUGAUUUGUCGAGACGUCCUCCCGGGCCGGUCGAGUAUGGAUUCGGUCCUGCCUCAGCGCAGCAAGUGACCAGAGUCAACCAAUACUUCCAGGCUUUGCUGGGAAGCGACUACAAGAACGUCGGGGAAAAGGUGUUCAGUCUAGACAACGCGUCCAGUGAAAAGAUCCAGCCAUCGUGGAUCGGGAUCGGAGACGACUAUGCGGAAUAUGUGCGCUCAGAAUCGAUCCGCACGACAAUCGGUCAAGUCAGUGUCGUCCAUGUCUCCGAGACAGGCAAGGCGAGAAUCGAUAUCAUGUCCGCGGACGGGAACACCACCUCCUUAGACGAUGUCGCUGCCAUCGUAACAGCGACGGGGUUCACGCCGUUCUCGUCUCUCGAUUUCCUACCUGCUGAUGUGCUGACCACGCUGGAGUACUCGGCGACUGACGUGUUCUUCCCCAUCGUACUGGACGGAAAAGGAAGCACGAAUGCCCAACUGCCAGACAUUGGGUUUGUCGGAUUCUACAGAGGACCUUACUGGGGCGUGAUGGAAAUGCAAGCGCGAAACGUCGCAGAGAGUUGGUUCCGAUCAGAGUCAGGAUCGGAACUCUCUUCCUCAACCGAGGCCAUAGAGAGAAAGAGACAGGAAAGAGAAACUGUUCGCGAGUUUCGCAAUGCCGGAUCGACCCUGCAAUUUCCCAUGGGUGACUAUGUCGGGUUGAUGGAAUCCUUUGCUAGGGACGUGCGAGUGUCUCGAUCUCCUCUGGACACUGGGGAAUGGCCUGGUCCGGUGAUCCCGGCUCGGUAUAUGAACGAGAACUGCAAAGAGGACGAGAGCAUGAACAGAGAGGCACAGACUACGGUAGACUCACUGCGAGAGAUACUCUUUCCCGAACCUGGGUCGUCUAGCUUGGCUAUGGCGUCUGCGACAUUCAGAGCUCUUCAUGGGGCCUGGCGAUUCACUCGGACCUCUGUCAACGAAGAUAGAGUUUCGGGAACAAUGACCUUUCAUCCCCGAUAUCCGUCGAGUGAAGGGUACGAAAAGGAGUACAUCUGCGAAGAACGCCUGGAGAGUUCGGAUAAGACAGCUAGGUCCAUUUAUCGACUAGCCAGGGAGGGCUCAUCCCCGCAUAUCGGCAUAUGGGGCGUCGAUUUAGCUGAAGACCCCAACUCGGCAUCUCGGUUCUCCCAUGGAUUUUCUCUCGCACCGGCACAGCUGGAUAAAGACAGCGGGAACUUUGUGGUGCAUGCCACCGCAGAUGCAGAUGGCCAGAAUUCUCGAUACGAGUAUGCCUUCCAAUUAGACGGCGUGACUAUCCCAUCUUGGACGUGUACAGCGACUGGCACGAACGGAUCUACCAAGACCACGACCGUGUAUACUCGACAAUGA